CUCCCUCGUCUCUCUCUCUCACUCCUUCUCUUUCUCUUUCUCUUAAGCUUUCUCGCUCAAUAUUCUCUCUGUUCCAACGGCGCUGAAAACAUGGUGAGGGACGACCUGUACAUCACGGUGCCCAGUUUCUUUAGGUGCCCUAUCUCGCUCGACGUUAUGAAGUCCCCGGUGAGCCUGUGCACCGGAGUCACCUACGACCGCUCCAGUAUUCAACGCUGGCUCGACAACGGCAACAACACCUGCCCGGCCACCAUGCAAGUCCUCCACAGCAAGGAGUUCGUACCCAACCGCACCCUCCAGCGCCUCAUCCAGAUCUGGUCUGACUCAGUCCGCAACAACAAAACCGGUUCGGCCGAGUCGACUCCCUCGCUCGAGCAAGUACAGGACCUAAUCAAGGAGCUGCAGAGCAAAACCAGGGACGGCAAUAGCAACAAACCUAUCUCCGAGUCCUUAUCGAAAAUUGUUACUUUUGCGAGAGAAUCGGAGGAAAACCGGAAGUUUCUCGCGAAAAUGGACGGCUUCAUUGUCACGCUCCUUCAAUUUCUCGGCAAUGCCAGUGACGGGGCAUGUAAAAACAUCGAUUUUCUUGAACAAGUGGUCGUUGUUUUGGAGUUGGUACUAAGCAAAAACGAAGACCACCAUAAGCUCACGAAUUCGAUGCUAAAAAGCGACCUCGGUUGCUUGGCUUCGCUGCUUCACGUUUUGCAACAAGGGAGAACCGAUUCCAGAAUCGCAUCGGUUAGGAUUUUAGAAACCGUCGCAAACGACGCCGAGUCGAAACUCCUGAUCGCCGAAAAGGACGGAUUAUUGUCCGAAAUGCUAAAACUAAUCACUCCAGAGAACGAUCCGGCUCUAAUUGAAGCCAGUCUUAGAUGCUUGAUCCGGAUAUCGAUAACCAAACGCGUCAAAUCCAAAUUAGUCCACCUCGGCACAAUCAAAACAUUGGCAAAACUCGUAUCAGAUUCGAGUUCGAGCGUGACGGUGACGGAGAAGGUGUUGAAGCUACUCGAAACGAUGUCUUCCUGUAAAGAAGGGAGGUGGGAGAUAUGCGAGAACAGGGUGUGCGUGGAGGCGUUAGUGCAGAGGGUCCUGAAAGUAUCGAGUGCGACGACGGAGCACGCGGUGACGAUACUUUGGAGCGUGUGUUAUCUGUUCCGGGAUGAACGCGCCCAGGAGGCGGUAGCGAGGGCGAACGGGCCAACGAAGAUUCUCCUGCUGAUGCAGAGCAAUUGCUCGCCUUCGGUUCGCCAAAUGUCGGCCGAUUUGCUCAAAAUAUUUCGGGUGAAUUCCAAGUCCUGCCUUUCCAGCUACCAUACUAAGACCACCCAUAUCAUGCCCUUCUGAUUUUUGUUUUUGUAUAAUUUCUCUCUGUUAGAAAAAGAUGGAGAGGGAGAGAUCGAAAUUUGUAAAUCAAAGGAAAGUUUUAUUUUUUAGUUGGAUGGAUACAAAAGAGAAUUCAUUUGAUUCUAACACAAA